UGUCAUAUAUUUAAAAAUGGCUGCAUUAAGGCAUAUAUCUAAUAAAAUAAUUAAAAAGGUUUUUAAACCCGAUAUUAGAUUAAAAAUAGAAACUUGUGCAUUAUGUACACGAUUAUUACAUUAUUCUCCCAUCGAAUACGAUCAAAAACACGAUCCAGCACCGAAAUUUUUCAACACAGAUAUUCAGAAUUUACUACGAGAACUUACAAGAAUCGAUUUAUCUAAAGUAUUUAAAAAAAGAAAACUAGGUACAGAAGGUUUAGAAGAUCCUGAAUACAAAUUUUUAACAGAUGAAGAACUUAAACAAGCAUACGAAGAAGCGCGUCAAAAGUCAUACGAAUUAUUACAAAUACCCCCAAUAGUUGCAGCGAGGAAGCCGAAAGAUCGUAUUUUAUCAUACGAUCCCGCUUUACAAGGUUUAGAAGAAUCCAAAAUGGUUUUUACAGAUAUAUCUUUUGGUGUUAGAGAUGCAGAUAGGAUUAUCGUUGUUCGAGAUCCGGAUGGUACUUUAAGAGAAGCCGAUUGGGAAUUGAGAGGUAGGAUGAAUCAAUUAUAUUUCCCCCAAAUAGGUCGAUUGUUGAAACCCCCGAGGAUGUUUUUCGGAGAAUAUUUUGAUAGUUUGUUGGAACGUAAAGAAUAUAUUUUCAUCCUCGAUAGAGCGUGUAUACAAUUCGAACCUGACGAUCCGGAUUAUCAAAGAGUAGUUUCCGUAACUUACCAACACAUAAACGACCACAACGGUUUCGAUAUUUUACGAUCUACAAGGCAUUUCGGGGCGCUAGUUUUCUUUCUCGUUUGGAAUAAAAAUAUCGAUAAUUUGUUAUUAGAACUGAUAGAAACUUGUCAUAUUAACGAAGCCGGUACAUUAUUAAACUUGUUUUCUAAUAUACAUAAUGUCGUUUUGGAAAAAAGUGACGAAUUUUUCGCAAUUGAAGAUUACAUUAAUAAGUUCGCUAAUAAAAAAGCUGCUUUACAAUUGGGUUUACAAGCUUACAAAGAUUUAGCAAAAGAAAAAAACAGGAUCGAAGAAGGCAUUAAAAUUGCACAUGGCAUAAGUUAACGCUAAAUAAUUUUGUUAAAUAUAGUUAUUCAAACUUUUA